AUGACACAAUUAGUGAGGUCAUAAGACAAACAUAAAGACAAAUUACUUCAGUUUCUUUGUAAAAACGAUGCUUGUCUGUAUAUAUAUAUAACACCAAUAACUCCAUCACGAAAAAAAAUAGACCAAAAUGACAAUAAACAACACCCUUAAGAGUAAAGUAGCAGUGGUAAUUGUACCACUACCCGCACAAGGCCAUCUCAACCAACUUCUCCACCUCUCUCAUCUCAUUGCCGCCUACGGUAUACCGGUCCAUUAUGCCGGCUCCACCUCCCACAACCGUCAAGUGAAGCUUCGACUUCACGGGUGGGACACAGAAAGCUUAAUAAAAAUUCAGUUCCAUGAUUUUGAAUUACCUCCUUAUGAUUCACCUCCUCCCAGUGUCGACCUCAUCUCUUUCCCCCAACAUCUCCUACCCCUUUUCGAGGCUUCCAUGCAUCUUCGUCAACCAGUGUCUGAUCUCUUGCAGCAACUCUCGAGAAAGUUUGACCGAGUCAUAGUCAUUCAUGACCUUCUUAUGGCUUAUGUUGUCCAAGAUGUUAAGCUCAUUCCGAAUGGUGAAACAUACAACUUUAAUCCUACCUCCGCGUUUCUAAUUUUCUUAUAUUCAUGGAGUAGUAUACCCGAGAAAGAGAAACCAUUUCAGUUGGAUUCAAAAGAUAUCCUAGAAGGUAUCCCCCCUGAAGAUGGGUGUGGUACACAAGAUAUGACAGAGUUUUCUCUCAAUCAAAUGAAAUUUCUCGGGUUUGAAUCAGGGUGGAUUUUUAACACCUCAAGAAUUAUAGAAGGUAGAUAUGUUCAGCUAUUGGAGAGGUUAUCUACAACAAAAUCACAAACAAAUCACUUUGCCUUAGGACCUUUUAACCCGGUGAAUAUCAAAAGUGAAAGCAGGAAAAAUAGACACCAAUGCCUUAAUUGGCUAGACAAACAAGAGAAGGAUUCAGUGAUAUACGUAUCUUUUGGGUCGACAACAUCACUGACAGAUGAUCAGAUCACAGAGUUGGCUAACGGGUUGGAAAGAUGCGGAGAGAAGUUUAUAUGGGUGCUUAGAAGAGCGGAUCCAAACGACAUUUUUGCAGAAGCUGAUAAAGUAAAAAAGCCUCAACUUCAUGCAGAUUAUGAAGAAAGAGUAAAAGACAGGGGAAUAAUAGUAAGAGAUUGGGCACCGCAGCUAGAAAUCUUGGCUCAUACAUCAGUUGGCGGAUUCAUGAGUCAUUGUGGAUGGAAUUCUAGUAUGGAAAGUAUAAGUAUGGGCGUGCCGAUUCUGGCCUGGCCUAUGCAUUCUGAUCAACCAAAGAAUGCGUUUUUAAUUAGCAAUGUGCUUAGAAUUGGUGUAAUGGUGAGAGAUUGGGAACACCGCGAUGAGAUUGUAAAAUCAAAUACGAUAGAGAAUGCAGUGAAGACAUUGAUGGCAUCACAAGAAGGAAAGGAGAUAAAGAUGAGAGCUGCAAAUGUAGGAGAAGCUGUGAGAGGAUCAGUUGCUGAAGGUGGUGCUUGCAGUUCAGAAAGGGAUGCUUUCAUUUCCCAUAUCUCUAGAUAGUUCUACCUGGUAGCUGCAAAGACCUUCUUUGUCCUUUCCUAAUCGCCUAUUGCUUAUACUAUUAGCAGCCUUGUUUCCAUUGCACAUUUUCUUUUUUCAAUAUUUUUUUUGUGGCAGCCUUGUAUCAUGUAUUACUCUAUUACUCCGUGUUUAAAAUUGUUUUCAUCUAUCAAAACUUACUUGCUUUAUAUAACUAAUAAAAACUCUUAGAAUAAUCUAAUUCA